CAUGCCAGCCGAAAGAAAAAAUAACGUUUUAACAUACGAAGGGUGUAAUUAUUUACGAUAUCGCUUAUUAUUGUCAACAUUAUCCGGCAAGCCUGUGCGAAUUACAAAUAUUAGAGUUAAAGAUGACUAUCCAGGAGUUAAAGAGUACGAAGUCAGUUUUAUUCGCUUAUUGGAUAAAAUAACAAAUGGAUCAAGAAUAGAAUUAAAUGAAACAGGAACUAAUUUAUAUUAUAAUCCUGGAUUAUUGUACGGUGGUGAAUUAGAGCAUGAUUGUAAUGUACAACGAGGUAUUGGUUAUUAUCUAGAAGGAAUUAUGAUGUUAGCUCCAUUUUGUAAAAAAGCUGUGGAUAUAAAACUCAAAGGAAUCACUAAUAAUACAAUAGAUCCUUCUGUGGACAGACUAAAGGCAUGUGCUGUACCUAUAUUGAAAAAAUUUCUGUCUGGUGAUAAUGAAGUUAUCUUUACCAUUAAUAAAAGAGGAGCUGCACCUCUAGGUGGUGGAGAAAUUAAAUUUAAAUGUCCUCCUAGUCGUAAUCUUAGAAGUAUCCAAUUUCAAAAUAGUGGAAUGGUGAAAAGGAUCAGAGGUACUGCAUGUAGUAUACGUGUAUCUCCUGCUAUUGCUAAUCGAAUUGUGGAGUCUGCUAAAGGUAUACUGUUAAACUUCCUGCCAGAUGUUUACAUUCAUACAGAUCAUUGUAAAGGUGCAUCUAGUGGAAAAUCACCAGGUUUUGGAGUAACUUUAUCAGCUGAAACAACAACUGAUGUUAUUUUUGGUGGAGAAGCAUUUUCACCUCUAAUGACAGCAGCUUCUUUGCCUUGUGUACCAGAAGAUAUUGGUAAAGAAGCAGCUAUGAAAUUAGUUAAUGAAAUUUACAGAAAUGGUUGUGUAGAUUCAGCUUUUCAAGCUAUGACUGCAAUGUUUAUGGCAUUGGGUAGGAAAGAUGUGUCUAAAGUUGUAACAGGGCCUUUAUCACCAGCAAUGAUACAAUUUUUACGCGAUUUAAGAGAUUUCUUUGGAGUUGUUUUUAAAAUCGAGCCACUUAAAGAAGAAGAUGAAAUAUUAGAACAAGUUGUCUUAACCUGUAUAGGUGUAGGAUAUACUAAUAUAAAUAAACGAACAUUGUAAAA